AUGUUGCGACGGUGCCGGUUAUUGAGGAUGAAGUACGCUGAUUUGGAGCUGACAACAAGGGGCGAGUUCCCUCAUGGCAUGAAAGAGCCGGCUUUUGUCAAAAAGUUAGACAAGAAUAUUCCAUGGUACUUCUCCACAUAUAGGUCAAUGUACCACUGGCCUAUUACCGGAGACAAUUGGAGCGACCUUAAUGAGGCAGAGAAGCACCACGAUCUUCACAUGUUCUACACAUUAGCAUGGUGGAAACUAGGAGAAGGUAUCUUUGAUGCUGAAAAUACCGAUGGACAGUAA